AUGGUGGAGCUAUGUACAACAGUUACUCCUGAUGAGUGGAAUCGUGGGGGUGAAGUGAUUACAAAGCAGAUGGGUGAAGGCAAGUGGAUUCAAGAGAAUCAUGGAACACUUGGGAUCAUCCAGAGGUCACUCUCAAGUUCAACCCUGGAAGCUGAUGGUCAUGAAGGGACAGCUAAGGAGUUGUGGGAGAGUAUGGAAGCUGUGUAUGAGGACAGAUCGCAUCUAUGCAAGGUUUUGUGGAAGAUCCUCACGGAAGAAGUCCUACCUGAUGUGGAGAGUGUGUGUGGUUUGGUGAAGCAUGAGCAAGCAAAGAUGCAGCCGGAUAAGAGGAGAAAGAUUACUGAGCUAGAACAAGUAAUCACCGGCAAGAGCUUGUAUUCAGCAUACAUAGGAGACAUAAAAGAUGGGGAUAGCUUAACAAACAGACACGAGAAGGGUGGAGCUGAUGAGGUGAUUACCAGAAGAGAAUGGGAUGCAUUUGUAGCCAAAGCGAAAGCACUCACUGCAUCAAAGAAGCAAGGAAGUCAUUCAGUAAGGUCUAAACCUAUUAUUGUGGAUUCUGGAGCCAGUCAUCACAUGAUCAGUGAUAGGAGUCUGAUGGAUGAAGUGAGAGCAGCUACUGGAAAUGUUCAGAUAGCAAAUGGAGAUAAAAUUCCUAUAGAAGGGAUAGGAAGCUUGAAGCUAUUUGACAGGGAGUCAACAGCCUUGUACCUGCCUCAGUUUACCUCCAAUUUGAUAUCUGUAAAGAGAGCUACUAUUGACUUGCAAUGUCAAGUAGUAUUCAGGCCACAGGAGGUUGAGUUUCAAGAUCUUGUUACGGGUCAAGUGAUUGGAAAGGGGAGCAGUACCAACAAUCUAUACCAGCUACAAUCAACUAAGCUCUCUAAACCCUCUAUCUCUAUAUGCAUGAGUAGUACUGCUGAUGGCUAUGAAAAAUCUAAGUACACAUGGGUCACAUUGCUUCCCUCCAAGGAUAGAGUGUUAGAGGCAUUUAUAAACUUCCAAGCUUAUGUCACUAAUCACUAUAAUGCUACUGUGAAGGUACUAAGGUCAGACAAUGGAGUUGUCUCAGCAUGUUAUCUCAUCAACAGGACACCGACGAAAGUUCUGAGGGAUCUAUCUCCAUUUGAGGUACUGAACAAGGCUAGGCCGCAGAUUCAACAUCUGAGAAAAGGGUAUAAGUGCUAUGAUCCAGUAACAGGGAGGGUGUUGGUGUCUAGAGAUGUCAAAUUCAUUGAAGGAAAAGGGUAUUAUGAAGAAAAGAUAUGGGAAGAUUUGAAGGAUCUUCCACAAACGCCAUCAGAUAAGGCAACAAAUCUGAGGAAAAUAUUGGAGAAUCUUGGGAUUAGCAUGACCCAGGAUCAAGGAACAAGAAGAGAACCACCAAGAAGCACAAGUACUCAUGAGGAGGAAAGUGAAAGGAGGUCCCCUCUUGAUCAUGAGGGGGGAAGUGAAGCUGAAUCAGGAGUGCAACAACAACAGAAAAGUGAUUCAGGAAGUCAUGAUCAAGGAGAGACACAAGGAGAAGAGAAUCCAAGAUCAGAUGGAGAUGCGCAGGCUGAUAGAGAGAGUCCAAGAUCAGAUGGAGAUGCGCAGACUGAUAGAGAUGAGCAGGCAGCUAUGCAAAAUCCAGUCGAGUCAGUUGGGAUUCAGGAACCAGAAACAGAGGUUCAACCACUGAGGAGAAGUACCAGGGUAAAGAAAGAUCCAUCAAAUUGGGUGAACACAAGGAUAUACUACAAUGCGGAGGCCGUAGCACAUCCGACUCAAGCAGUAUGUUCGUUUGCAACAUAUCCAGAGGAGCAUGUGGUCUUCAUGGGUAAUCUGGAUGAGAAUGAGAUCCCAAGCUUCAAGCUCUCCCCAUGUCGUUUGAAGCAAGAAGAAGCUGUCUGUUCUAUCCGGCUGUUCAACACCUCAAGAGGCAGGCGUGUUCAUCCUGGAGUCCAGAAGCUGUCUGCUGCUGUUUCUCAUCAUCCCAUGUCGCCCUUGAAGAAAGAAGAUCCAAGGAAACAAAGGCAAUGGAGCGGAUUAGCUACCCUCUCUAACAAAGCCAGUUCCGGGUUCUUGCUAUUCAAAGUCCAAGAAGAAGUUUCUCAAGAAGAAAGCUUGCUGCUUGUACUGGUGUGGCGUGUACAACAUGGAGAAAGGUGGGAGCUAAGACAUGGUGGUUCAAAAGGAAAGGUCCAUGGAAGAUGGAGGCGUUGGAGUGCACACUAA